AUGAUACUUUUUAAAGGUCGUAGCUCUUUAAAACAAUAUAACCCUAAGAAAUCAAUUAAAAGAGGAUACAAGCUUUGGUCGAUGGCUGAUAUUGAUGGAUAUCUUUUUAAAUUUGAAAUAUAUAAAGGAAAGAACAAUAAAUGUACUGAUCAUACAAUACCAAAGUAUUUUGGAUUAGGUGAAAAUGUUGUUUAUCAAAUGACAAAAUCUUUACAAGGAAAAUAUUACGAAGUUUACAUUGAGAACUACUUCACAUCUGUUCCUCUCUUGGAGUAUUUAUUCUCACAUCAUGUUAUGUGUUGUGGAACUUUGCGUAUCUAUAGAAAGUAUCUGCCUAAAAAUUUAUGUAAAGAUAAAAAUUUAAAGAGGGGGGACUUUGAUUACAGAGUUUCUAAAGAUAACAUUGUAGUUUAUAAGUGGAUGGAUAAUAGACCAGUGCAUGUCAUAUCAAACUUUCAUGGCACUGAAAAAACAGAGAUCAAACGAAAUAAUAAAGACGGCAGUAUUGUGAUGAUCUCAUGUUCUCAGGCGGUAAAAGGCUAUAACACUUAUAUAGGGGGGAAGGGGUGUCAACAAAACUGA